AUGGCCACCAUCCGGCGCAUGACCCCCGUCGACCUUUUCUCCCUCAACCUAACCAACCUCGAUGCGCUCACAGAAAACUAUGAUCUCCAUUUUUAUCUCAGCUACUUAAUGAAAUGGCCCUCGCUCUUCAACGUUGUGGAGGACCGAGAUGGCCAAAUAAUAGGCUAUAUUAUGGGCAAGCUUGAAGCACAACAUUCGUCAAUGAGACACUCGGAACACUACACACCAUGGCAUGGCCACAUUACAGUAUUAACAAUUGCGCCGGCUUGGCGGAGAUUGGGACAUGCGCGACGACUGACAGAAAGCCUGGAACAGGCGUCGGAUAUAAAUGAUGCGUGGUUUGUGGAUUUAUAUGUGCGGGCUGGCAAUACGAUUGCAGUGGGAAUGUACAAAGGAAUGGGACGCGUGGUUAAUUAUUACAGUGACGACCCGACAGGUUUAUAUACACUUUUAUACGUCUAUUCAUAUGGAGUUUGGUUGCAUUUUAACAUUUGCGACUACUCCUUUUCCAAGACUGAUAAAGCUUCGCCAUUAACUGCAUGCCCGUAUAUUCUGAUAUUUCAAGGAUGA